GUUACAUAUCUCAUGGCGGCCAUCUAUCCUUUCUUCGAGGGUGUUUCAUCUGCAGCCUAACUCAUCAACAAUUUAGAUUCAUGCACUCAAAACAAUUAAAGUUUCCACCUUUUUCCCAGUUGCAGUCCUCUUGACCCUUUUUCACUUUCCAUCAAGAAUUUAGGGUUUGGUUUCUGCAUCCUGGGACAUGAACACUUGAUGUUUUUUCAACUGUUUUUCUCACUAAUUCACCUAAAGAUUCAAUCUUUUGAUUCUGGGUAUUAACCCAUUUUCAGUUUCUUGAAUCUUGACCCCUUAUCUGAUGUUUUUCAAGCUUCUUGCUCACUAAUUCACCAAAAGAUUCAGUCUUUUGAUUCUGGGUAUUAACCCAUUUGCAGUUUCUUGAAUCUUGAUCUCUUAUCACUUUCUUUCAAGAAUUUGAAUCUUGCUACAAGUGGGCACAUAAAAAUCUGAUGUUUUUCAAGAUUCUUGCUCACUAAUUCACCAAAAGAUUCAGUCUUUUGAUUCUGGGUAUUAACCCAUUUUCAGUUUCUUGAAUCUUGAUCUCUUAUCACUUUCUUUCAAGAAUUUGAAUCUUGCUGCAAGUGGGCUCAUAAAAAUCUGAUGUUUUUCAAGCUUCUUGCUCACUAAUUCACCAAAAGAUUCAAUCUUUACAUCUGGGUAUUAACAAUCAUGGAGAAACAGAUCAGUUUCAGGUUAGGAAAGAUGGAAAAACAGCAAAGUUUUCGGGUUUCCGCCAUGGAAAAACAGAAGAGUUUUCGAAUAUCCAUGGGGAGACAGAUGAGUUUUGGUGUUGACAGAAAAAAAGCUAAAGAUUCACCUGGAAAAAGAGGUGAUUCUGUGCUUCAUUUAGCUUGUAGAGGAGGUAAUCUAUCAAAAGUUAUAGAAAUUCUUCAAAGUCUUGGGCUUGAUGCAUUGUCAAAACAAAAUCAAGAAGGGGAGACUCCUCUUUAUGUUGCUGCAGAGAAUGGGCAUGUUCAUGUUGUGGGUCAGUUUUUGAAGCAUCUUGAUCUUCAAACUGCUUCCAUUGCUGCCAAUAAUGGUUAUGAUCCAUUUCAUAUUGCUGCAAAACAGGGGCAUUUAGAAGUUUUGAGGGAACUUUUGAAUUCGUUUCCGAAUCUCGUUAUGACGACGGAUUCUUCAAAUUCAACCGCUUUACACACGGCUGCAGCUCAAGGACACGUAGACGUGGUCAACCUGCUUCUUGAUGCCGAUUCAAAUCUUGCGAAAAUAGCAAGAAACAACGGUAAAACCGUGCUGCAUACUGCUGCAAGAAUGGGUCAUUUGGAAGUGGCGAAAUCGGUGUUGAAUAAGGAUCCAAGUAUCGGUUUUAGGAAUGAUAAGAAAGGUCAAACCGCUCUUCAUAUGGCAGUUAAGGGCCAAAAUAUGGAUAUGGUGGUUGAAUUGAUUAAACCUGAUCCAACUGUUUUGAGUUUGGAAGAUAACAAGGGGAAUACAGCCCUCCAUAUUGCAACUAAAAAAGGCCGUACUAAGAUUGUGAAAUGCUUGGUAUCAUUUGAGGACCUCAACGUCAACGCAGUCAACAAGGCUGGAGAGACACCUCUCGACAUUGCAGAAAACGUGAAAAUAACAGAAUUGAUUAAUAUCUUAAAAGAAGCGGGAGCGGCUCACUCUAAGGACUAUGGUAAACCGCCUAGUGCCGCCAAGCAACUCAAGCAAACAGUCAGCGACAUAAAACACGACGUUCAAUCCCAAAUCCGACAGACCCGUAAUACAGGAUUUCGUGUUCGCAAGAUCGCAAAGAAGGUGAAAAAGCUCCACAUCAGCGGGCUUAACAACGCGAUAAAUUCCGCCACUGUUGUUGCGGUUCUUAUAGCCACAGUUGCUUUUGCAGCCAUUUUCACUAUCCCGGGCCAAUACGUUGAGGAGAAAAAAGACGGGUUUACCCUCGGGCAAGCGAAUAUAGCUACAAACGCUGCGUUUAUUAUGUUCUUUUUGUUCGACAGUUUAGCACUCUUCAUCUCAUUGGCGGUUGUGGUGGUUCAAACAUCUAUUGUGGUGAUUGAAGAGAAGGCGAAGAGACAGCUUAUGUUUGUGAUUAACAAGCUUAUGUGGUUGGCAUGUCUUUUUAUCUCGAUCGCGUUUAUUUCGUUGACUUAUGUGGUUGUUGGGUCCCACGAGAGGUGGCUUGCCAUUUACGCUACUGUGAUUGGUGCCACGGUUAUGUUGACCACGAUCGGGUCAAUGUGUUAUUGUGUCGUGAGGCAUCGGCUGGAGGAAACUAAAAUGAGGAACAUAAGACGAGCCGAAACGAAUUCGCAUUCGUAUUCAAUGUCGAUGGCAUCGGAUCCUGAGAUUUACAGUGAGAAAUACAAGAGAAUGUAUGCUGUCUAAAAGAAAUCGGGUUCAUGGGUAUUUCUGGAAUUAUGGUUAUCGACGGGUCUAAAAGAAACCGAGAGGUCAACACAGACAAGAAAGUCGGAUGACUACUACCGGUUGUCCUUCAUGUGAGUUUAUUCAACUUUUUCUGUAAUAAAUUCUAGUUAUACGAACGUCUAUGUUUGUAUAUAUAUAAUCUAUAGUACACAAUUUCAUUGCAGGAAAAGUUCUGUUCA